GGGGGCAGCGGGACUAUGGGGACGCAGAGCCCCUGGGUACUUGAGGGCCCGGAUGUUGGAUUCCGGACCCCAUUUCCCAGCCUGCUCUGCUCUAGUCGGGUGACAGCCUCGAGGCGCUCAGGAUCCUCUGGGGGAGGGGGGUCCACAGCGGAGGGGGCGUGGCGGGGCACGGGACCGGGCGGUUGUGCGUGGAGUGGGGGUGGAUUCUCCCGGUCGGCAGCCAGGGUCUGUGGGGUGUCGCACAGGCCCCGCCCCGCCAUGUGGCCCCAGCCCCUGCUGAUGCUGCUCCUGCUCCUGGCCGCUACCCCCGAGGACCAAGCUGCACCCGUCUCUAUCCUCGAGCAUGCCCGCGGGCACAGCCACUCCGUCGGGGGGCCCGACACUUCUGAGGGUCCGGAGUUGGGCCCCAUGGGGCUGCUGGGCAUCCACAGUCUUUUCCGUAGCCUCAACCGCCUCCUCUUUCGGGAGGAUCUGCUUCGAGGCAUGGACACGUUGACACCUUCCUUGGACCUACGAAGCCUCCCCUCCAAUUACCACAAAGAGGACCAGAAACAAGGCCACUUGGGUAACAGCACUGUGUACAGUCACCACCAGAUAGACAAGGUGACUGACAAUCAGACCGGAGAUGUGAUGAUUUCAGAAAAGGUAGUAGCUGCAAUUGGGCCUUCGGAAGGGAACUCCGAGGAUAACUGGAAGGCACCUGAGGAUGAGGAAAAUGAACUACCCCAGGCUCUCCCCAGCAGUGGACUGAGCAGCUUCCGUGCUGAAACCCAGCCCAGAGUGUCUUUCUGGAUUAUCAAGUUGCCCCAUCGGAUGGGCCAGGUUGAGAGCCAGCCUGGGAGCGGCUGGCUCAGUGAGAAGCGUCAUCGGCUUCAAGCUAUCCGGGAUGGGCUUCGGGAGGGAGCCCACGAGGAAGCCCCCUUCCGCUUCCACCCCCGAAGGGCCCAUUUUUUCUACCUCCUAAAACCCCCCAGGAAGCUCUAGGCCCUGGGGUUUGGCAAAGUGGCAGGCUGAAGGCAGUAGUAGGGGAGAUAGGUAUGAAUGCCUGCAUAUCAGACCAUUGGAAAUAAAUAAAGUUCUAUCUUCAAUGAAAA